AUGGUUUCCGCGCGGGACACGCCGUACACCGUGACCAACUCCUUCAAGAGAGGUCUACUCAUGAAAACGUAUGCGCGGCCUCUCCGGCGCGUGCUGUACGCUGAGUCGCGUCCUGAUCCGGCACUGAAGAAACGCCGGAUAGCCAGCGGCCCAGGGGAUGAAAACAACAACGACGACGGCAUAGACAACGACAGCGAGGGUGGCCAUGUCCUGCAGCCUCGUGUCGAGGCGCUGGGCGACAUAGGGAGCGAGAACAACCUCGUCUGUGCGAUUCGCGAGUCCUCUGCUGCGAUCCUGUCCAGCCCGUCGCGUCACACCUCUACGGCGGCUACGGUGUACUACUCAGAGGACAUCCCCGAGCUGGACGAUGACCUGUCGACCCCUCCGAGCUCGCCGCCGCCGCGUGAGCACGAGGCAGAGCAGGUGAAGCUGAAGCUGGCACUGACGCCGCCCCCCGCCAGCACCAGGAAGCCGACGUUUGGCUUCCUCAAACGCAAGAGGUCUGCGCACGACACGCCGCUGACGGAGCUGGAGGUCAACGGCGGCAGUGCCAGCAUGAGGUCUAUGGAUCCCCCCGCAAAGAAGAGGCAGACCCAGCCAUCUACGUCGGCAUCCACACCCACAUCGACGGCCACGGCCAGCGCCCGGCCCGUCCUGAAGCAGACACAGCUCGACCUGGGCGUAGGACAGAGCACGUCACGCAAGGCCUGUGCGUCCUGUGGCAUGCAGUACACCCCCUCGUCGGCGGAGGACAGUGCCCUGCAUCGCAAGUACCACGACCAGCACUCCCAGCACGCGUCAGGCGUCGACUUUGGCAAGUCCUUUGUCCGUGCAAACGCUUCUCGGUGGGUGUACGAGGCCUCCCGCUUCGAGGAGGGAUACGUCGUCAUCGUGGACAGGAAGAGCUCGGCCGGCUCGAAGAACCAGGCUCGACGCGUGCUGGAGGUGGUCAACACCGACCUGGGCGCCGCAGACAUCGAGGACGGCCUCCUCUGGGGCAAGGUCGAGUCCAAGGAGGGCGGAGAAGAGGCAGACCGGUUCAAGUUCUUCCUCCACAUGAAGGACAGCAAGUGCGUUGGCCUCGCGCUGGCGGAACGCAUCUGGGAGGCCCACGGCGUCACCUCCAACCCGUCCAAACGCAUCCCUGCCUCGCCCACCAGCGUCAGCUGCUCCCUCUCCCUGACAAAGGAGACAUACCCGGCCCUGGUGGGAAUAUCUCGCAUCUGGACCUCUCGAUCCUCCCGGCGGAAGGGAAUUGCACUGGAUCUGCUCGACUGCGUGGUCAGCAACUACUUUUACGGCAUGGAGAUGGCCAGGACACAGGUGGCCUUCAGCCAGCCGACCGAGAGCGGCUGUGCCUUGAUGAAGGCCUUUUACGGCGACAACGACUGGAGAAUUUACACCGGAAGCUGUUAA